UUGCAUUGGGAAACCCGAUCGUAGUUUUAUUUUUUAAAAACACUAAGAAAGUAACCAGUACGUUUUAUUUGAAAACAGCUAAAAACCCGCUAAUUUAUUUAAUACUAAAUCAAUAAUUUAGAAACUGUACUCAUUUUCUUACCAAAAAAAAAUGUCUUUUCAAUGGACAUUUAUUGCCGGUUACCUUUAUUUUGAGAUAGCAGUUGUGAUAAUUAUGAUAUUACCCAUCUUUAGCCCUCGUCGUUGGAAUCAGUUUUUCAAAUCACGAUUAUUUGCAAUGAUUCAAGAAAACGCAGCAGUAUAUUUCUAUGGGUUACUCGCUAUAUUAAGUUUAUUCCUUCUUGACGCCGUGCGCGAGAUGAGAAAAUACUCCCACGCAUCUGACGGCCACGCUCAUCUUAAUAGUGAACUUAAGGGUAAUGUGAAGUUGUUCAGGGCCCAGAGGAACUUUUACAUAACUGGUUUUGCUAUUUUCUUAGCAUUUGUUAUUAAACGCCUGAUAACAAUGAUUAUAAUUCAAGAUGAAUUAAGUAUUAAAGCUGAGAAAAUAAUCAAAGAAGCAGAAGCUACUGUGAAAUUGGCAAAGAAUACUGUUCUAGCAAACACAAUACACAACAAUGACAAAGAUGACAUAAUAAAGGAAUUACAAGAAACGAAAACUUUAUUGGAAGAAGAAAAAUUAAGAUCAAAUAAACUCCAAAGAGAAGUUGAAAUAUGGAAGCUCAAAUAUGAAGAAUUUACUAAGAGUAUUGAAGGGAAAGGCGAUCAAUGAAUUUUUUGAGAUUUUUGUAUUUGUGGUGCUUUAGUAUAGUAAUAAAUGGAGAUAGAUAAGCCUUGUACAGCAUGUUAAUUCAUUGUUUCAUACUUCAAUAGAUAUACUGG